CAUACGUGCCUGGCCGCCCUCCCCGGGCUGCACCAGCUGGCCGCCGGCAGAUGGGUCACCUUCUGCAGGAUUGGAGCUUUUCAGCAUCUGUACAUGGCCCUGCGGACUGGCAGGGUGUCCAGGCCCCGGGCCAGGGAGGCCAUCGCGGGCCCGGCUGCCCGGCCUGGGGCCAUGUUCCCACAGGACUCUCCUCUCAGGUCAGCAAUGGCGCCAGCCCCCAGGAUGAGCGCACCACAAGCCUGCUGGUGUUCAGCUUCCUCCAGAGCUGCCUGCACUCCCGUUGCCGCCAGGAGCUGGAGAUGCUGGGCCACAAGCUGUCCGUGCGCGCGGCCCACGACGACGAGCUGCAGACGGAUGGCAACUGGUGCAGCCACUUCCGUCUUGAGGGGGCGGCAGAGACAGACUCUGAGACUCGGGAGGAAGUGGUCCGGGACAUCGCCAGGCAGCUCGCCCAGAUUGGGGACAGGAUGGAGUGCAGCAUCUGUCCGGGGCUGGUGGCUGGCCUGGCCGCGCAGUUCAGUAACUCGAGCCUGUCGGAGGAGGACAGGAGGCGGUGCCUGGCGGCCGCGCUGCAACAACUCACACAGCUCUACCCUGCGGAUGUGGACCGCGAGAAGACCCUGCUCCUGCUGACCAUGCUCGUGGCCAAAAAGGUGGCUGACCACUCGCCAGCUGUGCUCCAAAAUGUCUUUCACACCACAGUGACCUUCAUCAACCAGAACCUUCUCGCCUACGUGAGGAACUUAGUCCAAAACGAGAUGGACUGAAGGGACGACUCAACAAAAGUGCGACUGGUUACAACUUGAGAUGGUGACAGCGGUGUAGCUGUCUCCACAGAGAUGGAGCCUCGGCCACUUAAACGUGCUCAGAGAAGACAGGCACGAGGUGGCAGCUGUGUCUCUCUCACCAUUUUAAAGCCAGGGACCAUUUAGGAAUUUCUUCAUGUACGUGUGUGAGUGUUUCACAUCAUCUACAUCCAUCCACACACUGUGCCUUUACCUAAUGUCUGCUGGAAAGGUCCCCGCCUGAAAAUCAGAUCUAGAAGCAGAUCAUGAGUUCCCUGGUGGUCCAGUGGUUAGGACUCCUCUGCGCUUCCACUGCAGGGACCAGGUCUGAUCCCUGGUCGGGGAACUAAGAUCCCACAAGCUGCAGCCAAAAAAGAAAAAAAGAACAACAAAUGAAAGCAGGUUGACAAAUAAAAGGCAGAAGGAAAA